GGGAUCAGAUAAAUCUGCAGCUGGAGCAACAGGAGAGCCACAAGAGUACCAGAGGACAUCUACAGAGCUACUCCCAGAACCUUUUUGGUGACCUGCGUAAAAGAGUUACAAAAUGUCUUACAACGUGACUCUAAAUGGACCUGGACCAUGGGGUUUCCGACUGCAAGGGGGAAAGGACUUCAACAUGCCCUUGACCAUAUCCAGAAUCACCCCUGGCAGCAAAGCAGCCCAGUCCCACAUGAACCAGGGGGACCUUGUGGUAGCCAUUGAUGGAGUCAACACAGAUGGCAUGACCCACUUAGAGGCCCAGAACAAGAUCAAAUCAGCCAGCUACAACCUGAGCCUUACCCUUCAAAAAUCUAAACGCCCAGCUCCAGUUCCAACAGCCACACCUAAAGUUGACUCUCCCAGGCCUGUAAUUCCCCAUCAGAAGGACCCUGCUUUGGAAAUCAGUGGCAACAGAACAACCUUCAGUCCUCUAACUAGCACAGCGACUGGGCCUUUGGGUAGUAUUUUAGCCACCAAUGGAACGUUUUCAGGCUACCUCAGCAAGCAGGAGAUCAGCUGUUCAAAUAGCUCUUCCUUCUUAAAGACCACUGCAGUUAGAACUUCCAUGGCCUCUCUAUCUGUGACACCUGACAUUUCACCUGCAAAGAGUAACCUAGGUUCAAAACUAAGUCCUGUGUUCACUGAUGGCAGUAGUCCUAAACACCAGCUGAGCCCUGCAAGGCAAUAUAACAACCCCAUUGGCCUUUACUCAGCAGAGACUCUAAAGGAAAUGGCUGAGAUGCAUAAAUUAAGUCUCAAACGAAGGGCUUCAGAAGGUGGACUUCCUAGAGGCACUGAGUAUGUGGAACGCUUCAACCCUAAUGUCCUGAAGGACUCUGCUCUGUCUACACACAAACCCAUUGAGGUGAAAGGCCCGGGUGGCAAGGCCACUAUAAUUCAUGCCCAGUAUAACACCCCGAUCAGCAUGUAUUCCCAGGAUGCUAUCAUGGAUGCCAUCGCAGGCCAGGCACAGGCCCAAGGUGGUGAACUUGCUGGUGAAUCUCCAUUGGCUAGCCUUCCUGUUAAAGAUCCUCACAUAGAUAGUGCCUCUCCGGUGUAUCAGGCUGUGCUUAAAACUCAGAACAAGUCUGAGGAUGAGCUUGACGACUGGACUCGCCGUUCUGCCAAUCUGCAGUCCAAGUCUUUCCGCAUCCUUGCCCAGAUGACCGGAACGGAGUACAUGCAAGACCCGGAUGAAGAAGCCCUGAGGAGAUCAAGUGGCAAGGAAAAUGUUGCUGCAGCAGCUGAAAACAGCCCUACAGGUUCUCAUCAUGUGGCACAGUAUGUGACCUCAAGUGUUUGGCAUCCUCCUAAGUCACGCACCAUGGAUGCCAACAUUGACAAAGCUAAGCCAGUGGCCUCCAAGGGUUCCGUGAGGUUUGGAACGGGUACAAGUCAAAGGGAAGCCAGUUACAUCAGGACUGGCCAGAAAGCCCCUCUUACUUCAUCCAAUAAUCAAAGUACCCCUGUUGAGCAUGCGCCAGUGUCUACCAGCUCUGCCUCUGCUCCUGUGCCAGUUGCUUCAGCCAAUCAGUCUGCUACUGCUACUCAAAACACAUCCAGUCAGAUGACACCACCAUCAGCCACUCCCAUCUCUGUAGUACAAGAUUCCUUCUCUUCCUCUUUCCAAAGCUUCAACCGGCAUUCUUCCACCUCCAUCAGCUACCAGUCAAAAAAGAGAGGUACGGGCCAGUCCUAUACAUCAACACCGGUUUCCCAGGGUACCGCUUCUUCCUCAGGCUACAGUGAAAGUCCAGUUCCUGCUCCAAAACCAAGAGUUGUCACUACUGCUAGCAUAAGGCCCUCUGUCUACCAGCCAGCACCAGCACCGGCACAAGCACCAGUGCAUUCUUAUGCACCAGGCAAGGCUGAUCCUUCAUGCCGCCCUCCUUGGGUAACAGAUGACUCCUUUUCCCAGAAAUUUGCACCUGGAAAAACCACCACCUCUGUUACCAAACAUACCCUGCCACGGGGUGCUCCAGCACCAUCUCCUGCCUCAACUUCAGCCUACUCGUCUCCUUCAAUACCAGCCUCUUCCCAGACUCCUGCUGUAGCCCGGGGAACAAUUCAAAGGGCUGAGCGUUUCCCAGCCAGCAACCGAACUCCUCUCUGUGGACACUGUAACAGCAUCAUUCGGGGUCCUUUCCUGGUAGCCAUGGGUCGUUCCUGGCACCCAGAGGAGUUCAACUGUGCUUACUGCAAGACAUCUUUAGCAGAUGUGUGCUUUGUGGAGGAGCAGAACAGUGUGUACUGUGAGCGCUGUUAUGAACAGUUCUUUGCACCAACCUGUGCCAGAUGCCAUACCAAGAUCAUGGGGGAAGUGAUGCAUGCUCUAAGGCAGACUUGGCACACGACUUGCUUUGUCUGUGCUGCCUGUAAGAAACCGUUUGGGAAUAGCCUCUUCCACAUGGAGGAUGGGGAGCCCUACUGUGAGAAAGAUUACAUUGCUUUGUUCAGCACAAAAUGCCAUGGCUGUGAUUUUCCUGUUGAAGCAGGAGAUAAAUUCAUUGAAGCCCUUGGACACACUUGGCAUGAUACCUGCUUUAUUUGUGCUGUGUGCCAUGUGAAUUUGGAAGGUCAGCCAUUUUACUCCAAGAAAGAUAAGCCACUGUGCAAGAAACAUGCUCAUGCCAUCAAUGUCUAAAAGAAGACCUGGAAGCUACUGGCACUAGCCUCCCUGACCGGUGGCCAGGACCCGGGCAGUGUGAGUUCCACUGAAAAUCAGCUCGUGUGCCGCCUUCGGCACGCGUGCCAUAGGUUGCCUACCCCUGCUGUAUAGCAACACUGAACAUGCUGGUAAGUAAAUUGCACUGUGUAAACAAACAAGUGUGAAUACAUUCAAAAGAUGUAGUGCCUAGAAGUUGUAACUGGGAAAGACUUGUAAAUUUACAGGCCUUAUUAUGUCAACAGAUAUUACUUAAAAUAACCUGAUAAGCAAAAGGCAAACUUUGUCCUCAGUUACAAAGGUCUGAACUGAUUUACAUUGGUGUAAUUGAGGGCAAAGUUUGGCCCCAACUAGGCAGGUUUUUAUUCUUUUGUUUCUAACCAGAAAUGGUUUUUAAGAAUAUUAAAAAAGAUCUAACCCAUCUGAUUUAACUCUACUGCCAUGAUAGACUAGCAAAUAAGAAAUAAAUCUUCAGAUAAUAUUGUGGUUGACUAAAACAGGCUUUUUUGCACAUUAUUACCCCGCCCUCAAAAUGCACAGUUUUAAAAUGACAUAGCUAUAGCUAAUCAUUAAACUUGAUUAAAACGUAUAUAUAAAACAGUAAAGAGACAGCCUGCUUUAAAUGGCAUGAAUGAGUUCCACACCAGGAAGUGAAGCUCCAUACACUUUAAUUUUAUUUUGCAGCCAUAACUGUUUACAACUUAUGUGUGGAAAAAAAUUAGAGAUCGUUUAACUGAGAUUAAAAUUUACUGGAAAAAUGAGUCUACAGAAUGAGCAGAAGUUACACAAUUUACCUUUAUAUCUGAAUCAUUGUUUAAUUAUUUCUAUCUUGAUCUUUUCCCCUUUGCAUUAAUUGAUUCUUAAUGGAAGAGAAAUUGUGCCUUGUCUGCUCUAAAGAUGGUCUGUAGUUUCAAGUCUGGGGGUUUUCUUUGUAAAUCAUAAACCUUUAACUCAACCAGAGUCACUAGUGACUAACUAAGAAAGAAAAAGAGGAGUUGUGAAAAAAUUGCUGCCAGCCAUCCUUGGAUACACAAUGAAAUGCUUUGUUCUCCUGGCCAAAGCAGAGAGCUAUGGCUGAGAUUGAGAUUAGAGUUAGACAGAAAUUCCCUGCUUUAAGCCUAUAAGGCAUGUCUUUAGACAUCUAUAAAGGUGAAAUCCUCACUUCUCUGAGGAAGGACUGAGAGAGAGCGUUAGAUACACUAACAAAGUUGUUGCAUUACAGACUAAAUUGUGAAGAAUUCUAACAUUAUUUCCCCCAACUUUUUGUAGUAAUAAAUGUCACAUGUACGGCUCAAUCCUGAAGACUGCCUUACUAUUUUGUUGACAGAGGGACUCCUCAUCUUUCUCUUGCAUGGGUUUAGCCCCGUAAAAGGAGUAUGUGUCCAUUGAGCUGCAAGGAUCUCAGACCACCUGCACAGGACAGGAUUCUGUGUAUGGAGCUAUACUACAUGUAACAGCAGGAGCUGUGUUGUCAGCUCAUGCUCUGCAAAAUCUUCCUCUGAGGGAUUUUCCAGGUGUAUUGCUCCAAUUGGACAUUUGUCUGAACCCAAGGAAAAACAUGCCACAAAGAUUGGCUGCUCCCCAACUCUUCAUUGGAUGAACCUCAGGGCCCUGUGAAGUGGUGGGGCCUCCAUGGCGUGAGGGACUAGGGAAGCAUGUAGGAAAGCCAUUGCUAUACCCUCAUUACCCUUUUGGGAUCUUCUCUGGGACAUUUUGCUUUCCUCUAUAUUGUGUUGCAGAGGAAAGAAUGUGGCCCUCAGUCCUUCCUCUGACAAAACUCCUCUUAAUAUCCAUAGUAGUUUUGCCCAAGUAAUGACUUUCAGAUUGGCCUGCAGACUUUUUUAGGUAGUAAUGACAACCAGAAAUAAAAAAUGCCUUCAUAAAGAGAAAAGAUUCUUUCAAAUUUCCACAGAUUUUAAUUUUCAGGAAGAAAUUGAUUCAUCUGCAGAAAAAAGAAUCAUUAUUAAUUUGAAAUUAAAUAUUUGACUUAUAAUUCUACCUUAUUUUUCCCCCACCAGGAAAGGCGUUUUCCAGUUUAAUUACUUUAAAAAGCUCACUCACUUUCAAAAUUCAGAUUCUUUUUGAUUAAUAGAAACAAAGUAUGGAAUCAUUUUUUCUUUUACUAAGUGCAUGCUUUUGUGGAAGCCAUUGAGGAAAAAAAACAAUUGAAUUACUUUAGCUAAACUGAUAAAUACUUUUUUAAGGAGCUAGGGGUAGAAAGGAGGUGUCAGUUUGAACAAAGGGGAUGGUUCAUCGAAGAAUAUAUGUGGAAUGAAUAUUGCCUGUUAUAAAAAGUCCACGCAAUUGGCUAUCCUUUUUAAAGUUUUCGGUUGUUGUAGUGUAUUAAAUAGCUUAUUCUGGAUUUUUAAGACUCAAGAAAGUUUUUUUUUUUCUUUUUUUAAAGGGUAGAGUGGGGGAAAAGAACACAAUGCAAUAUCUGUUACUUCCAAGGCAGUUGAAAAAAAUUACAGUUCAGAAGAGCAAAGAGUCUGUAUAAGGGGAAAAGAUUAUUUAGUGGGCUUCAACAAUAUUAUCGUCUGAACAUAUGUUAAUUGGAAAAUAAUAUUCUUUAUGAUUAAGAAUUAGUUUAGUUUAAAGAAAUCUUAAAGGAUAUUAUUUGUUUAACGUAAGUGUGCACAUGCAUAUACAACGGACCCUCAUUAGAAUGCGGGAUUUGGGAUCCAGGCGCGGUACCGCAUUAACAUGGGGACCAUGUUAAAAUGAAUUGCAAUUAAAGUAAUUAAAUUUGGGAUCCAUGGCCGCGACCACGUUAUAUGCGAAUUUGCACUAGAUAGACACGCGUUCUAGCAAGGGUCCGGUGUAUAUGUAAGGUAGGCAUAUGUGUACUACAGGAGAAAUAUUCAGAACUGAGGCAUGGACUCCUUUAUGGGGGAUGCAGUUUAUGCAUGCAAAAUUUGAGCAUGCAUUUUUGCACUCAGAAUUAAUUACAUGUGGAAAUCUGAGUACACAAACCUUUAACUACCUGAUUUGUACCUGUGGUCAGGUAGGUAGAGAUUUGUGGUUUAUGAUGUAGUGACUUUUUAUAUAUUUGUGGCUGCAAAAUAAUUGUAGGAGCAAAAGGAGGGGCAUACUUUUAAAGAUUUGGCUAUAUAUGUAAAAUAUUACCUUAGGAAUAAAAAACGUUUUCUUAUAAUAACAAAAGGUAGGAAUAUUAUUUCACCAUCAUUAUUUUCACGAGGCAUUUUUUCUAUUCUCAGGAAGUAUUUUAUUGUGUAAACUUCAUCAGUGAGCACAAGGCCCUAUCUGGCAUGCCAUACUCAGGGGAAACUUCCAUUGUAUUCAGUGGAAAAUUUUGAUGAGUCAGGAGUGCAGGUUCAAGUCCCUUGAAAAAGCAGAGAUACCUAGUGGUCUGAGCAUGGAACUGGAAGUGAGAGUCUACCUUAGUUAUAUAGUCUUGGCUCUGCCCUCAUUGUGUGGCCUUAGAUCACUUAAUCUGAUGGUGUGUAUUUUCCUAUCUGUAAAAUGGGGAUAAUACUGCUUACUUUGCGCACUAUUAAUAAAAAGUAUUAGCAAGUGAAUGAUAGAAAAGAACUCUGAAGUGGAAAAGUGGCUAUGCAAGUACUGAAUAAUAAUAUUUACUCAUAUGAGAGUACCCUUGGCAUGAUUUAUCUAAAAAACAAACAUUUUUACCUCUUGUAUUUCCUACAAAUGUAGUUAUAUUUGUUACAUUUUAAUACUCAUUAAAAUAUAUCUUACCAGAGAAGACCCUUAAAGCAGGCUGUCCAACUUGUUCUGAUUAAAAAUGUGAGGAAUCCCUUAAAAGGAAACUGAAAUUAUCUUUAAUAAACAAAUACAAACAACUAUGUAUGAUCCUAAAUAGUUUAGAAAAUACAUGAGCUUAUAUGAAAAUAUUUUUAAACAAAAUAUUUUAAAAUAGCUUCCUCAUUUAUCUGCCAGCACCUGAGUUCAGGUUUUGCUUGCAACAGCUAAUACUAUCAGAUGUACCUACUGCAGACUAACAAAUUAAGGUUCCUGCUCUUUAAAAGUGAUACCCUAUUAGCUCCUUAAGGAGACACACACAAGCCUGAACCAAAGUCUUGGCAGGUUAAAACAAACAAACACCCAUGGAUUCCAUUAAGCUCAAUUCAGCUACUCUGAUCAGUACUGUUCAGUGUAAGGGCAGAAAAUUCACACUAUUACUGAUUUUGGAAUUACAACAGAUAUUGUAUCUCUUAGUUUAAUAAACAUUUCAGAUUAUUUUUAGUAGUGUCAGUAUUGUCUAAUAAUAUAACAUAAGGGGCAAAGAGUAUGUACAGUGAUUCUCCAUUGCCCUGCAUGUAUCAUAUGCCUAGUGAAGUGCCAGUGUUCCAAAGAAACACUGCCUCUUCGGCCAGUUCUAUACUAUGAAUUAUGCUAAGUUCCAGGAACUUAAAAUGGAACACCUGCCAUUAGAGAAGGCAUCCUGGGGAAAUAGUCAAAUAGAAAUAGAAAUAUGAGAGACAAAAAUGCAAAAGAAAAUAGCUUUUUGAGAUGAUAGUUAGCCAUCCAUUUUGGCCUUUCCUUUUUCAUCACAGGAUAAUUCACUGUAAAUGAAUUAAUGGUGAAAGGUUCAGUAAAAGCCUUUAGUAAGGAAAUAGGAGUAGUGUAUCAGGAUAUCCUUUUUCCGCACCAGAGUACCCAAUACUUUCAAUUUUAUAUACAGCGGAAGUAAUUAAUUGUUACAGAAAGAAGCACAGCUGUGUUUCCUGAUGGCCAUACAUGCAACAGCCACUAUUGUUUAAGGUUCUGAGAAUGUGUGUUGAAAAUUGCUCAACUGCCUUGAGAUUUUUGUUGUUCUCUGAAUGUAAUUUCUAGUAUAAGUUUUUGAAUUUGUUAUGGAAUGUUAAUACUAUUGUUAACAUUAUUAAUACUGUUCUCUUAGGGCCAAAUCCUGCAUCCUUUAAUCAGGCAAAAUUUCUUUGAACUUCAGUGGGAGUUUUACCUCAGUAAGAAUUGAAGGCCAAAUCCUGAGAAGUGCUGAGAACCUGUCAACUCUCGUUGAAGGCAAUGGAAAUUGCAAAUACUCACCAUCAGUCAGGAUUUACUCCCAAAUAAGGAUUGCAGGAUUUGGAUCUUAGUCGUGUGUCUUUUGAACUUGUUCAGAUUUCAUUUCCAAGUGUGUGCAGGUGCAUGUGUUGGAUUGAAAGCCUGAGAGAAUAAGGUUAUAUUUUUUUGCCUUAAAUAAUUUUUUAUUAUCCAUUUCAAAUGCACAACAUGACUAUUGUAUUUCUCCUAAAAAUUACUUGGCUGAACUGCAAGCAUUGUCACUUUUCUUUUUUUUAAAUGCAGUUGAGCUGUACCAUUUUGUUUGUACUAUUUUUGGUAAUAUUAUAGAGUGCAUGUUGUAGAAUGCAUGACAGCAAAUGAUUUCCCAGCACUAGAGAGAGCAAUUUGUGAAGAACUAUAAAUCUCUUGGAAUAUGCGAAGGAUUUGCAUGCACUAUGUACUGUACUUCUACAUGUAUGAAAAAAGAGAUGGUCAGAUCACUUAGGUGCAUAUAUAACUGUAGUAAUACAUUUGUGGUUAAGGAUAUGUUUACAUUGAUAAAGAUCAAAUAACAUUUAAGGGCUUGAUUCAUUAAAAAUUCUGUGCUUCA